AUCAAAACUACAAUGGCUAGAUCUGGUAGCAUUGACUUAUACAACCUCUCGAUUGAAGAUACCUACAUCACUGAGGAAAUGGCUUCUUAUAUAGACAAAGAAGAUUAUAAGUACUACUACGUUGACCCGAAAGUUAAGGCACCAGAGAUGAUGCAGUACUAUACCCCUCCUGAGAGCAUAAUCAGGAUCCAGCACAGUAAGAAGAUCGUUGAAAGACUGAUCUUCCCUGAAGAAGGUCCUUAUUCAGAGAAAGAAGAGGAGAAAUAUGAAGAAUUCUUUGAUUAUCUUGAAGAAAUAGAUGAAACUCUUCCAGAAUCGAUGACUAAGAGAAGAACAAUGAGGUUUCUUGUAGGGAAUCAUUUUAAAAUUAAGAACACCUACAAAAAUAUCCUCAAGACUCUUGAAUGGAGAAAUGGAAUCAGACCACUAAUCGUCUCUGAUGAUAUGAAGCUUCUCCUCGAUCACGGAUAUAUGUAUCUUCAUGGCAGAGAUCGUCACUUCAGACCAAUUUGUUGCUCUAACACCAAAAUGUUAACCGAACUCGACUUUGAUCUUGACGAGUGAGUGAAAGUAGGAUGGUUUUUAUGUUUCUAUAUCAUCGACCAGCUCCUAGUCAGAGAAAAAGUCGAAAAUUGGAUAUUCAUAUCUGAUCUUGGAGGGCUCUCUUUGAGGAAAAUCCCGACGAAACAUCUUAAAAAGUUCAUGAUGGAAGCUCAAGAAUAUCAAAAGUGCAGAAUUCGUAAAUUUUAUUUCUUCAAUACAACUUUUGGUUUAAGAGCUAUUUAUGCUCUUGUCUCUCCUUUCCUUGACAAGGUGACUAAGGAUAAGACUCAAUUAAAGAAGGAAGCUUAUAAUGAUGAACUACUUGAGUUUGCUCAUCCUUCUCAGAUAGAAGAAAAAUAUGGAGGAGAGGCAGAAAACUUGACCGAAUGGUGGCCUCCAAGAUGUCCUUCUGAAGAAUAUGAUGUUGACCCAGCUCAUUUAGAUAUCCCAAAGAAAACUGAGAAGCGGUCUAAAAAGUCUAAGAAAAAUGCUGAAAAACAGGAGAAAUCUGCUAAAGGAUCUAGCCCUCAUAAACCAGUCGAAGCUAAUGAUGUCGUAUUUGAGACUGUUGAGGCUCCUCAGGAACAACCUAUGGAAGAAGAAAGAGUGAAAAGACCUGCUCCAAGAGCUACUAAGGACAAGAAUUGUGCAUGUACAAUUUUUUAA